AUGACAAAGAUCAUCCGUUCAAUGUGGAUAGACGAAAGGAUACCUGACUCGUGGAGACGCGCUAUCAUAAUUCCCCUCCACAAGAAGUUAUCCGUCACGGACCCUAGGAAUUACCGAGGAAUCUCUUUGCUGCGCCGUCUUCUCAACGCGCUUCGCGCCGAUGGAGUACCAGGAAAGUUCGUUCGCUUGCUUGAUGACAUCAAUCAACGAACAACUGCUGCAGUUCGAACACCAGCCGGAUGUACAACACCGUUUGAAGUGGUAACUGGAGUACGACAAGGGGCAGUGGCAGGACCUUUCCUGUUCAAUUUCGCAGUCGACGACAUUAUGCGAAGAACAGUCGACCAGUGUCCUGCCGACAUUGUCUUAGCACCAUCAUGCUGCCGCUUGACUGAUCUCGAGUACGCCGACGAUGCUGUUAUAUUCGCGGAAAGCAGUUCAAAACUUCAACAUGUUGUCAACCUUGUAUCGAAGCUGGCUGCAGCCUAUGGACUACGUCUAGGCCCUGAUAAAUGCAAGCAGAUGUAG